AUGGCUUCCAACACUCCCGCUGCCUGCUGUGCCUCUGGUUUCAAGCACGAAGGCACUCCCGCCGGUGAAACCAAGACUAUCAACGGAGUCAACGCCUAUAUCGCCCACCCCAAGGGCAACAAGACCCCCGAGAAGGCCAUUAUCUUCGUGACCGAUAUCUUCGGAAUCUACACCAACGCCCAGCUCCUCGCCGACGAGUACGCCAACAAUGGCUACCUGACUAUCGUUCCGGAUAUUCUCCAGGGCGACGCGAUCGAUGUCAAAGCCAUGGAAUCUGGCAAGGUCGACUUGUCUGCAUGGCUCCCCAAGCACAAGCCCGCGGACGUUGAGCCCGCUGUUGAGUCGGCUAUUAAGUACGCCCGUGAGACUCUCGGCGUUAAGAGAAUCGGCGCUGUUGGCUACUGCUUCGGUGCUAAGUUCGUCUGCCGCAACAUAAAGCCCGGCCUGAUUGACGUUGGUUACAUUGCGCACCCCUCGUUCGUCACCCACGAGGAGCUCGGCGCCAUCAAGGGACCUCUGUCUAUCGCUGCUGCUGAGGUCGACUCGAUCUUCACUACCCAGCUUCGCCAUGAGUCCGAGGAUAUUCUUAUCAAGACUACCCAGCCGUGGCAGAUCAACCUGUUCAGCGGUGUUAGCCACGGCUUCGCUGUUCGCGGCGAUCUGAAGGACCCCAAGCAGAAGUGGGCUAAGGAGCAGGCUUUCUGCCAGGCCAUCGCUUGGUUUAACGAGCACCUGUAA